CAAGCAACCAAGCAACCAAGCAACCAAGCAACCAAGCAACCAAGCAACCAAGCAACCAAGCAACCAAGCAACCAAGGAAAUCAAGCCAUCUCAACAAGCACUCUUCCCUAACAUAUCGAUACGUCAGCAGCUCCCUCUCCUCAUGUCCUUCGAUACUCCGCUCUACACGCUCGAGGGCACCAUUUUACCUGACCUCGAUGACCUAAUUGAGGCCGUCGUGCAGGAACAGAGCUUUCUGAUGGACGAAGACGGAUUCGAGCACAUGUUCUUUCCUUCCCACCACAAGCCAUACAUCUAUCCAAUCAGGCAUUUGAUAACUUCCCGGCAGACUAUUGUAGAGCAGGACGACGUUACCAAGGGCCAUUCAGACAUGCAAGGCAUUACUUGGCUUGACGGUAGGCAAGGAAAGGAAGCAUAUCGCAAUUACAGAGACAGCACUGGCUCGACAGCUCACAUGUACUAUAGCGGCACGGCCGCACUAAAGGAGAGUCGUGAAGUGCUCGACUACAACAGCAAUGAGUUUUACAGAUUCCGAUACACGGACACCAACAUCCACUGCAGUCACCGACACCCGCAACUCCGCAAUUUGGUCUGUGCAACAAGCAAAAACGACAUUUAUUACCUUUGCAACAACUCUAUUCAACACUGGUGCCCGCAACUUCGAAUCUCAAAAACCAUUCUUGGUCCGCCGCUCAGAACUGCGCAUGCCAGGGUUCCCAGCCGGAUAACGACCAUGGCAGCAAUGGAUGAAUUCCUCCUAGUCGGAGGUGAAGAUGGGUCGUUUACCUUCAUGAACCUACAGACCUGCGAAAAUCCGAUCUUUGGUUCGUUCAUUGAUGAGGGCUACAUGGAGGUGAAUGGCAUUGAACUGUCAUAUUCCAGGACCGGAGCGCCCCAUGCAUACGUGUCGACGAAUGACAAUGCGAUACGAUGCGUGGAUAUGGGAACCUUACAGACAUAUGCAACCUUCUCUUCAGACUGGUUCGUCAACUACACUUCACAAAGCCCUGAUGGUCAUAUGAUUGGAAUCGUUGGAGAUGACCAAGAUGGACGAGUCAUGAGCGUUAACUCACGGGAAACAAUUGCGACAUUGAAAGGACACCAGCGCUAUUCGUUUGCAGUAGCGUGGUCCCCGGACUCGACCAUGCUCGCCACGGGAAGCGACGACAUGUCAACCUGCAUUUACGAUACAAGAAUGAUGCAAAACCCCGUCCAUAUCAUUAGCAGAGACAUACGGGAGUCCGUGAGAUCUUUGAGAUACUCAUCCUGUGGGCGGUACCUUGUCAUGGCAGAGGAUCGCGACUAUGUGCAUAUCGUUGAUACCGCUUCAGACUACUCCAAAGCGCAAAAGAUCGAUUUUGUAGGCGAUAUCUCUGGGAUCAGUCUGACUCCUGAUGGCGAUGGCCUCUUCGUGGGGGUCUCUUCGACGGUCGAUUUUUCGUCUAUUCUGGAAUUUGAGCGGCUGAACCAGACGAGCAACAAGAUGUUCGAGGACGACCUCUGGGGCGCGAUCUAAGUCCACGUCCAUUUGCCAAAUUGUCUGUCCUCACACACAUCAUAGUUUACACCUCAGGACGGAAAUUGUACAUAUUUCAUAACCAUAGCACUGUUUGCAUAAAAAGGCUUUAUCAGA